UUACAGUGUCUUUUGAAAUGGCCCUAACUCCUAGGCAAGCAGAUCUAUUGUUGUCUACAUUCUUAAUAGAUCACAAAUAUUACGAAACCGGUUUAGCUGAGCCUGUUCCCUUCUUUCCCUAGAGACGAUGGAACAAUUGCAUUUGGAGCAAUGGAAGCAACAAGUUCAAGAGUGGUGGCGCGUGGCUCUCAAUCGUCUUCGUGAAGUUCCCCCAAUUCAGCUCUACGUUGCUGCCUCUGCCCUUCUUUUCACCACCAUUCUCCUCUUCACAAUUCGCUUGUUGAAGCGCGUGAAGUCCAACACCAUUGUACUCACUGGUCUCUCUGGUGCCGGCAAAACCGUUCUCUUCUAUCAGCUUAGGGAUGGCUCUAUCCACGAGGGUACUGUUACCUCGAUGGAACCAAACGACGACGCUUUUAUUCUCCAUUCCGAAACAACCCAAAAGCGGAAGAUAAAACCUGUUCGUGUUGUUGAUGUUCCUGGGCAUUCGCGGCUUCGACCGAAAUUGGAUGAGUAUUUGCCUCAGGCUGCUGGCAUUGUUUUUGUUGUUGAUGCUCAAGAUUUCUUGCAGAAUUGCCGUGCUGCUUCAGAGUAUUUGUAUGAUUUGUUGACUAAGGGAAGUGUUGUGAGGAAGAAGAUUCCGUUGCUUAUUCUCUGCAACAAGACGGACAAGGUCACUGCUCAUUCCAAGGAGUUCAUCUGCAGACAGAUGGGGAAGGAAAUUGACAAAUUACGAGCAUCAAGAAGUGCAAUAUCAGCAGCGGACAUUGCAAACGAGUUCACCCUUGGGGUACCUGGAGAACCAUUUACUUUUGUCCAGUGCUGUAACAAAAUUACAGCUGCAGAUGCUUCUGGUCUAAAUGGGGAUAUAUCUCAGUUGGAAAAGUUUAUCAGACAACAUGUGGAGCCAUAGCUGAAUAUUAUGUAGGUAAAAGUAGGGAUCAGUAUGUUGGGAUCAAUGAAGUUCUUGAUAAUUGGAAGUUUGAGAUGAUUAACCUAUAUUGAUUCAACUAAUCGAAUAGCAACAUGCUUUAAAUCAUUGCCCUUGACUUUGCUUUCUGAUAAAUUUGGCAUCCCUUUUUCUUUGAUUCACCUUCAUUUUUCCAUUUGCAAUUUUGAAUCACUUUGGAUAUGAUCUACAAAAUAUGUUUGCAAGAUGUCGUGUUAAAAUAUCCUUUCCCCAAUCAUCCAAUCAUGCAAGCAUCGUGCAUUGCAGAUUAUACGAU